CAUCUAGCCACACACACACUGAGACAGGGAAGAAGCCACAUCGCUGGGCAGGAAAGCAAAAUGGAUACAGGAAAAAAUUGUGAUGAAAUAGAUGGAUGCAGGACACAGAGGGGACUCACAAAAUGGGAAAUUUCUAGGGACAGGAAAACACUGUCUUAUGAUAAAACUGAAGAUGGGAUGGAGGACGUGGAUGCUAGCUCCAGCAGAGAGGAGCGAAGAAGAGAGAGGGGAAGAGGACAAAAAUGGAAGAGAGAGGGGCAGGGAAAAGGAUGCUAACCGACAGCGGGGCGAUCUCAGACCCUCCACCUACCCACAGAGCAUCUAUUAGAUGGGAUGCAGAACACAAGCUCUUAUAAACAUAAACAAUGUGAAGGUUCACUUCACACUCACAAGCUGAGUUCUACAUGGACAAAAAAGCUGAUUGUUGUGUUUGCAGACGUGUAUUUAUAUUGUGCAGUGCAUGUGGGUGUUUGAAGUCCUCUGCUGUUGCGGUUGUUAUUUUGUGCAAUGAAUGUGCAAUGGAAAUGUAGGCAGAAUCAUGGCAAAGUGUUUGUAUGUUUAGUAGCCCAUUGUUAGGCUGAGGAUUUUUUAGCAUUGGCAAUUGGAACUCUAUUUAAUGCUGCUAUAGUUUUGAUUUGGAGAAGGCCUUGUUCCUUAAAUUAUUUUAGUGACAACGAUCUAAUGCAAUUUUAUUAUUAUAAUUUUAGGACUUAAUUUAAAUGUUGUUAAAUAUGAUUCAACAGUGCUUUAAUUCCGGACGGAUUGAUCUGAAUUGCAUCAUCUUGUUUCAUUGACGAUUAUGUCGUUCAAAUUUGAGCUGAAGACUAAAAUGCUGAACUUGUUUUACUGCGUAAUUUAAUCGUGUUCAGUCGAAUUUAAACGCUAUGCAGUAGCAUGUAAAACGUUAGAAAUCGUUUAGCAAUAUAUAUUAAACAUGCUGUACUCUAUAUAUGUGGCCGGUUGUUAGACUCCGAUUGCUAAUAAUUCACAAUGGUAAUAAUAGAUUGCCAUCCUGCAUGUUGGCAGCACUCCCACGUUUCCCAAUCGAUAAACAGAACCAAAUACACGGGCGCGCGCCCAUUUGAAUGCGGCUGAACACUUGCUGUGGCUCAGAGGUUAAAUCGUAAAAUCAUGGAAAAUAUUAUCCUUUAACAUUGUGGUUACGUUUGUGAAUGUGACUAGUGAAACGUUACUGAAAGCUGUAUAUGAGCAUGACCUUCAUAGUAAUUUAGCAGACUCCCCUAAUACAGUGUUCAUAUUUGUGAAAAUAAUAAAUCUCGCUCAGGGUUUGUCUGAAAAAAGUGUAUAAAACAUUUAUAUUAAAUACCUUUACACAAAUAAAAUAGGAUACCUAUAUGUAGGCCCGUGGUUAGGCCUGUGAUAGAUUUGUAUAUUUUAUGUAAUUGUAAAUUAUUUUGAAUAAUUCAACCUCCUGAUGCGGUGCAGGGAAAAAAGCAUUUCGUUAUAUGGCCUAAAUGAACAAAAUCUAAAAUCUAAAAUUAUUUUUCAACCAAACAUUAAAGCCAGUGCAAACAGCUGUACUGUAUGAAGAUGCUCUUAGACAUAAGAUCGUGUGUAAUGUAUAUAGCCUAUUUAACACGAACUUAUUAUAAUUUUAUUACUAUUAUUAUCUCUUUUUUUUCUUUUUUUAAUGUUAAAAUCUAUGCUUUACACUUCAACCUGAGUAUAAACGCUACAACGUAAAUAAUGUUAAAUGUACCUUGAGGUUCAUGAACACUGAGGUUUAUGAAUGAAUUCCUCUUUUUCCUGAUGCAGUCCGUUAAAAUACCUACCUCAGAAUGUUAAAUGUUUAAAUAUAUAUAUUUUUUUGUUUAUAUUUAUAGCCUAUAUAGCAUGUAUUGAUGGAUGUAUUUUUUAACUUUUUGAAUUGUUAUUCCUCCGUUUAACAUUUGUAUAAUUGUAACGUUAGAGUAAGGCGCACAAAGUUUUAAUUUCAUGUGAUGUUUCAUGGGCCUGCUCUCCGUGAGGUUCGGGCAUGUUAAUGGAGUUAUUGACUUUUUCAUCGAUCGAUUUCUUUUUAUUAUUCACCAUGCGUACUAUUAUUUUUGUACGAAAUUAAUUUGUUCUAGCCCUUUUAUAUUUCGAAUUUGAAUGCACGUUUUAGUUAGUAGUAGCCUACGUAUCAUUUUUAAUUCAUUUCUUUUUGUGCUUUUAGACACUUGUUAACGGAGCCAAAUUAUUAAGACCGAUAUAAAAUAUUAAGUAUAAUAUAAAAUAUUAAUAUCAAACCUAAGACAAAAAAGCAUGUAUACAUAUGAAUCUAAUAAUGUAAAUAAUCUCAAUAAUGUAAAUGUGUUAAAUCUGAAGGGAAUAAGUGACAAUUGUAGGUUAACAGUAGUAAAAUGUUCGUAUUACAGUUUAAGCUUGCAGCACAGUUUCUUUUUGCAUUAGCAGAUUUGUGUUCGUUUUUUUUCUAUUUUGUUAUAUUGCUUAUGGUUUUUAAUAAGUCUUUAAUUGUAAUAUUUUGUUAGGCUAAAUAGCUACGGUCAAAAGACAAACAGAUAAACAUUGAUGAACACGAACAGUUAGAUUUAGGAAAUUAUAGGCUACUGCACAAGUCAUUUUUUAAAACAAUAUUAUUUUAAAUAAUAAUAAUUCCAUCGUAACUCUUAUGAGGCUACAAGUACAAACAGUGAUUAGGCUACUAUUAAUUUUCUAGAUGUUUCUAUAAAUAGUAUUGGGCUGUAUGAAACCUACCGUGUUUCAACAGAAAUGUUUUUCGCUUUGUAUGUCUCCUGACAAAAUAAAUGCACAUAAAUGCUAUUCUGACACAAAGGUUUCAAGAUACCACACAAACAAGACUGUUUCCAAUUCUGAUCAAUAACAUUUAUGUCUUUGAGAUUUAUCAGAAGGCCGGUAAUAUCAAGGGAAAACAAAUGUGUAAUGCAAAUUACUUUUGAAUUGCAUUGAACUGUGAAGUUAUUCCGUAAAUAGACUACCAGAAACACAUUUUAUGUACAGAAUAAUCUGUAAACUUUGCGCGUUCAGUUUAUACUAGAAAUCUGUUUUUUUUUUUUUUUUUUUUGGUAGAAGUACAAAUGUCUUUCUGCAAAAUCUGAGGUUCUGUCCCCAUAUCCAUAAUUUCCUUUAUUCAGUUUUACUCAUUUAGGGCACUACAUAAAAUAUGCCAUUUAAUUGUUAUGUGCUGAGUGAUAUGAGCUAUUUAACACCAUCUCUAUACGGUCUCAAAGACAAGAUAGUAACAUUAUGAUGUGAAAGAGUUAAACUCUUCAAUAACUUUCAAAGAACACACACUGUUCUUAUCUGUCUGCUUAGCUUUGCUCGUUUAGUCUCACGUAGGCCUACGUGUUAACCUGCAGGCCUCUUGAUACACUCCACUCGAGGAGGACGUGGCUCGACCAAAGGCUCAAAGAACUCUAUAGACAGGUAUAAAUAAUUUACUAACUCGCUGGCCGCUGUUUUGAUUUCCACGGUUUGUUUUGAACAAUGUUUGAUCAUUGAUACGUGUCCCAGAUAGAAAAGGAGAAUUGGUGAAUAAUAUUCUGCAAUGCCUUACAUGGUGCCGAACUUGUAGCUCUCAGAUAACCUCUCUCUAAUUCGUGCAGAAAACUCAAGAGUGGUAUAUGGACUUAUUUUGAGAUAACAAUAAUAAACCAUCCUGAUGUACCGGGAAAAAUAAAAUAAAUGCAUAUCAGAAACGAGACGUAGCCUAAUUGUUACACAACCAUCCAUACUGAUCAUUACUUUUGUUUAUCUAUAUUAUAGGCUAUUUUUUAAUAUUUUUACCGACGCACAAAUUCCAAUUCAAUCCACAUGCUAUUCUGUAUUUUCUAGAUGGCUUUAAAAUGCACAAGAAAAGUAGGCUAUUAAAAGGUUAAAGGAAAAUUCUUGUGUUUUAUUUAUAAGAAUUUCACAUUCUAAAGGGUGUAAAGGGUUAUCAAUGCACUCUGAAUCGGAUUGUCCUUAUUCGAGUGUUCUAUCGUCUAUCGAGCUCUCCAGCCGCAGUGAGUGAACUUUCACCUCGACCCUCAAACAGACCCCUGUUUUUGCGGUAAGAGCUGACCAUUUUACCUCCAGCCACAGACUCUCCGCACGCACACGCUCACACACAUAUGCACGCACACACACACCCCUCCUCCCCUCCCUCCCUCGGCCCUGCUCGGCGCGGAUCGAUAGUGCAGCAUCUGCUGCGGGAAGACAGCAGUCCCACAUCGCACUGGAAAAUUUUUCAAGCGCUAGAAUUGCUCAUCUCUAAAAAUUAAACUGACAGACAGAUAUGAUUAAUAUUCCAAGUUUCAAACACCUACCCGCAUCAACUCCCACCUCUCUCUCUCACACACACUACUCUCGCGCUCACUAUCCGACGCACACAUACUCGCGACGCAAAAAUGCCUUUUUUAAUGGGAACAUGACAGCAGUGUAAUUUUGUUGAUUAUUAGAUAUAGCGCUCUUUAGGAAAGGUCGCAUGUGCUCUUGGAAAGAGGGUCAUAGGUGCGCGCGCACCGGAUAGAUCAAGUGCAUUGUUCUUGUUUAGCACUUCUGCGAUUGAGGAGCAAACUCUUUAUGUUAACUGUCCUCUGAAAGCUAACAGCUGAUAAGAACAGCUCUCUGUCACUACGCUUUGUUGCUUCAGUUAAUUGCCCUUAGCUUGAGAAAAUAAAACGUUAAUAGUACAUAAACGCUUUGGCCUUCUAAUUGGAUUACACAGUUGUUGUUGUUUUUCCAUAGGCCCACAUUUAAAAAACUUCCACAUUUAUAAUAUAUUCUCAACAAAAAUAUGGCCUAACACAAUUUUUAAAGAGCUGUAGAUUGAACUAAAUAAAUAAAAAUUACAUCAGUAUCACAUUUUAUACUAAGACUCAAAAUAGGCUAUUGCUGCGCUUUUUCAAUUUUAGCUAACAAAUGCAAAAUCGCGUUGGCGUAAGGAGGUAACCAUAGCAACGCUGAACACUUUUCGUUAAAUUCCUUAAGGGACCGAAAACUAAACAACAUUAUUCAUUACUUUAUUUAAAGAUUUACAUAUAACAAGCAGCAUAUAGCCUAUGACAAAAUAAUUGCAUUUUGUUUACAAACUCUUUUAGAUAGGCUACCGUUAUUUGGUUAGCUAACUAUGAUUAGGGCAUCAGAAGACAACUUGGGUUGCGCGAGAACCUCAACAGAAGAGUGCUCCGUGAAAAUGUUCUUAUUGAAUUAUAUAUAUAUAUUAAUAUAAGUAAGUCUCCUUUUCUGAAACUCUGUAAUUUGAACACUGUCACGAGCCCCACCUAAGACAAUGGCUUCUUGAGGUCCACAGGAGGGAAGGAGUUAACGAGGGUUGUAAAUUCACCCCACAUCUGUCAGAUUUUAAGAGUGUGACGUACUGAGCAGGGGGGCUGGGGAAGAGACAGAGAGGAGAGAAAGAGUUGGGGACGAGAUCGAUGAGGAUACAGAAGGGCAAAACCACAGAGAUAAUGACAGCGACGGAGCGCGAUGCUUAGACAUACAUCGGCGCUCAGUUUUGACACGGUUGCUUGCAGCAUAGUCAAGUCCGGACAUCGGAUAAAAUCGUACGGCCUUACGCGUCAUUUGUGUUGCAUCCUCGACAGUCGUGGUCCAGCGAGAAUCUAGCGGAUAACGGGAGUGAAGGACCGGACCGUUGCAUUUUUUCUUUUUCUUUUUUAUUACCCUCUCUUGUUUUGAACACCGAAAUGUGCUGAUGAAACACAAAAGUCGUGGUUACGUAAAACCGACUGUUGUGUGAUGGUAAACUCGGGGUUUCUGCAGGUGUAUAGAACAACCAAUUAUAGGUUUUUGAUUGUGUUUUGGAGAGGCUGUUUCGCUUCUCUCCAUCCUGUCGGAUAAGCUACGUUGCGAGUUUUAGUCAACAAGGCAAUAGCAGGACUCACAUGGAUAAAUUCAGAAGCAUUUAUGGAACACAGAAUUUGCUUGCAUGACCAAAGACGGUUUCACCGUGAUGAAAUGUCUCUGAGAGUACACUGAAAUCAGAUUUUGACAUAUAAACAGCAUCAGGAACUGUUUUUAGAUCAAAUUACAGAAACCACACUCUAGAAGGCUAGAAAAACACAUCAGCUGGAAUAUAAAGAAGAAAAGAAGCAAGGAAGGUACAGAUAUGGAUGGUAAUAUGGGUGAGAUGUCUGUGCACUGCCACGUAGAGCUGGCACACAGUCAGGACAGCAGAGCCAUGCUGCACUCUCGGGAUCUCACGGCUGCUUUCCCUCGUCCCUCUCUGGGAGGCCCCGCCAUGGGCCUGGAGUCUGACCACCAGAGCCCCGCGUAUGACCACAGCAUGGCAACUCUGGGGUACAGCAGGGACCCACCAACCAGCUGUGGAAGCACCUACACCACACUCACACCCCUCCAGCCCUUUGAUGACAAAUUCCACCCUCAUCAUCACCAUCCCUGCCUGCCUGUGAGCAACGUCAUUGGCAGUUUCACUCUCAUGCGAGAAGAUCGAGGCCUGGGAGGAAACUACUAUACCCCGUACGGAAAGGAGUUUGGUUUGGGACAGGGUCUGUCUCCACCGUUGGGCAGUGCAGGCCUGGAGACCGCCAUGCAUGGCUAUGGCAGCUUGGGAAGUCAGAAUGGACACAGUGGCCAGAUGCUUCCAGGUGGCCAUGAGGUCCACAUGGGCAACAAUGGGGGUAACAUCUGUCGAACCCCACCAGACUUUGGGAGAGAGAUGUCACCGCCCUCUCUGGGGGGUGAGCAUGGGGUCAGCCACCAGCUAAACAAAAUGGAUGCCCAUCAGCUCACUUCCACCUACCACCACCAUAUAUACAACCAAAGUUAUCAGCACCACCUCCAGAGCCAACAGGCUUCCAAACUCGGGGAUCUCCCCUCUUCUUCACCUUCCUCGUCCAACUCCAGCUUGGGGAGGGAGGGCAUGCUGGCCAGCUCGCAGAAUGGCGGUGGAGGGGAAGAGAUCAACACCAAAGAUGUGGCUCAGAGAAUCAUCACUGAACUGAAGAGGUACAGCAUCCCACAGGCCAUUUUUGCAGAGCGAGUUCUGUGCAGGUCUCAGGGCACUCUGUCAGACCUGCUUAGGAACCCCAAACCUUGGGGGAAACUCAAGUCUGGCCGCGAAACCUUCAAGAGGAUGUCCCAUUGGCUGCAGGAGCCAGAGUUUCAGAGGAUGGCUUCGUUACGUCUGGAAGCUUGUAAGCGUAAGGAGCAGGAGCAAUCCAAGCUAGAGCGCAACCAGGGGCCCAAGCGUACCCGGCUAGUCUUCACAGACCUGCAGCGUCGCACUCUUAUGGCCAUUUUCAGAGAGAACCACAGACCGACCAAAGACCUGCAGAUCACCAUUUCUCAGCAGCUUGGCCUUGAGCUUUCUACAGUAAGCAACUUCUUCAUGAACGCUCGCCGCAGAAACCUCAACCGCUGGACCGAAGAGGGCCGCCCAUCCUCCACUGGCUCGUCGGGAUCUAGCACUGCGUCUCCAGCAGUGACCUGCUCCACGGCAUGAUGGGAAAACAAGCCGUUUUACGCUCUGCACAGCACAGGUUUACCUGUAGCUCCUAGAGUGUGAGAUUUUGAAUCAAGGGUGUUUUUGUAUACAAAUCAACAGCAUAUGAAACCAAAGAUGAAGUCUGAUGUUCGCAAUGUCUAGAUGAGACAGGAUUUGAUUGUAGUUUUAGCAUUGAUUAUUUUAGAUUUAAUCGCAAAGGAUUGGCCCGACACAUCAGGGUUUAUGAAAUCACUCACAGAUCAACAUACUGAGGGUUAUGAAACGCUACUGAAUAGAUAUUGAAUCUAUUAAUUUAGUAAUUCGUUCCAGCGUCUAAAAUCAGUGCAAAUGUUUCUGGUUUUUCUUUGUUGAUAAUGAGAGUCAAAAUGAUAUUUUUAGAGUUCUCAAAAGAGAGAGAGAUGAUUUUGCAACAAAUGGAAACUUAAUGACCAAAGAAGAAAAAAAAAAGGAUGCAAAUGAAUCUUUCUGAGAUUCUUUUAAAGGGAAAAACUACUGGAUAAAGAAGCUGAAACCAAAAUAUGAACAUAUUUGAGAGCUUGAUUUCUUUUUUUACAACUUCUUUACAAAAAGCCAGGCCUCAUAGUCCAAAAAAGGCAUCUGCUGUGGGACAACUACAGUCUCAGCACAGGACUGAAGUCGAAUCCUCUCAGACAAUAUGAGGAGGAACUCAGCCAUGACUCUUUCAUGUUUAAAACUUCUUGGUGAGUUUCUGCUGACAGAACGGCUGCAGAGAGGAAUCCAGGAUGCUCUUGCAUAUUUUCCAUCUGAUUUCAAAUGAUUUCUUAGAUGUCACACUGAGGAUGGAGAAAUUCAUUUGUUUUUGUAAAAAUUUCAAGCACACAACCUGGCCGAUGGCUGUUCGUACCGGAAAAUCUCAAAGAACCUGAUGAAAAAUACUUACAACAAGCUUGAAUUGAACAAGAACUGAGAACCACUUUGUCUAUUUAUAAUUAUUUAUGUAUUUAUUUCCAAUCUUCUAGCUAUUUAUUUUAUUUAUUUGCUAGUUACCAUCAGUAUUUAUUUCACCAGUGUUGAUUGUGGGUGAAAAAUGAUAGGAGACCCAGUACCAAAGAUGAAUAUUUGUCCUCCCCGAAUGUCCUCAUCUCUUGAACUCUGUGUUAGUAUUUCAAUAGCCAAGCUAGCGUACUCAUCCAUGUUCAUCGUUCACAUGUGCUGCAUGUCUAGACCCUUCAGGCCACAGCCUAACCGAACAAACCGAAACUCAGCGUGGUUGUAAACAGCUCACAUGUGGCUGUGAAGUCGAGAUGAUUCUAUAUUUAGGCUGUUGAACUGUGAUCUCCUCACUGCGGUCCACACUUACUGUACGAUGUGAUUGUACGUGCUGUGCCGUGGUCUCUCGGGGUGGGCCAUCGAGGGAGAGCUUUUUCAAUGCUCUUUCACGUUCCCCUGUGUUUAACCUUUGCAGGGCAUGUUGAGGCCCCUUCACAGCACACACUUGAAAGAGGGCCCAUGAAAGAGGCCAUCGACUUUUGCCGACUUCAAAGAGGCCCUUUUUAUCUGUGUCCUCUUGGCGGCUGAGGCUGGCGCUCUGCACUUGGUAGGCCCAUGGGCUUAGGGCAUUCAUUACCAAAUCACGGAGAGGAAGGGGAGGGGUGGGGUGGCGAAUGGGUGUUUGGGGAUGUGAAUUAAAGUUUAAUGAGAGACAAUUGUAAGCGUGCUGCGCGAGGGGCAAAGGGUGUCAGCGUGUGUGCGUCUCAACUCUCCAGGUCACCCUGUUGCAGCACUGGUGGUUAGCCGGGCCUCUCUUUUUUUUAGAGAUGUAAUGAUUUAGGUUAUAAUAAUUUGCCAACUUAAGCUGUAGAUGGUUAGAGAUCACUCGACGAACUGUAGCGUCCGGUUUAGCAGAUCAAGACAAACGCGUCUAACGUUAUUUAGUAUUUGGCGCCUCAAAGUGGACGCAUUGUUCACAUGCUUACUGAGAGGAACAGAAAUCACGCCAUAUUCUCGUAGUGUUUAACCUCUUCAGAUAAAUGUGCAAGAGUUAGUACAGUGUGUAAAUCUUAAGUGAUAUUUCCAUUUCGCCGUCCCACUGAGGGGAACCCGUUUGGCCAUUUUUGUUCUACCCGACCGAUCUAAUUUCAUCUACCUCAACUGUGUGUGAUGUGUCGUGUAGCUGAGAUGUAACUGUACCAAAGAUCCCAUCCAUUCAGGGAGCGUCUGUGCGUUACUAAGUUUUAUAGCCAAAUGUGCUGGAAUCAAUCCGUGAACACAACAAAAUCACAGCCCUACCUGCAAGCAGAGAGAACAUUGUGUGUGCGUGUGUGUGUGUGAGUGAGAGUGAGAGAGAGAGAGAGAGAGAGAGAGUGUAAAAUGUGAGAACAUUUAUCAAUAUAAAGACCAAAUGGGAAUGACAAUCGGAGCAAGAGAGGGGUCUUGCUGAUCUUAUGAUUGCUUAUCCCUCCAAAAAAAAAAAAA